AGGACGUAAGAAAAAACUCUCUUUAUGAUUAUGUUCACAUUAGUAAAUUUGUAUAUUACCGUAAAUACGAAUUUUAACAGAACAUAUAUAUUAAUAUACAACGAGCACACCUAUGCAUAUUGAUAUCGAUUGUGUUUAUAGUGAUCUCCCAGUUAAACAGUUAAAUGAUUGUGUUUUUCAGGGCUCUAAGUGGAACUAUGGACGUUGGAUCCAGAAAGCUGCUGCUGCUGAUCCUGUUGUUGAAUAUUACAGUUUCAGUAUCAGGUAUCCAGCACGUGAAGGUGUCGUGCCAUCCUGAGAAGAUCUGUGCUCUGAGGGAGUCAUCUGUGAACCUGACGUGCUCUUACUCAAAUAUCAUCAUCAUCACUGGCUUCUGGUUCAGCCUAAAGGACAAAGCUAAAUGGAGGAAGAAGGAACAUCCAGAGGAUUUAGCUUUAGACUCAGACUACGCAGGACGUGUGAGCUACACAGAGAUGACAAACUUAGGCUCGACUCUUACAAUAACAGACCUGAGAGAGAGAGACUCAGGGGAAUAUCGCCUCGUGUUCAUUACGGAUAAAGGAGAGAAAUAUCUGAGCUCAGCUGGAGUUACUCUAACAGUUACAGACCUGCAGGUGACCCACAACUCCACACAACAAACUCUCACCUGCCGCACUUCCUGUACUCUGACCUUUACUGUUCACUUGUAUAACUGGCACAAGAAUGGAAAAAUCUUGGAGAAAUACAGAGACAACAUGAAAACAUUCCCUUUAAGUAAAGCUGAAGAAGGCAGUUACUCCUGCUCUGUUGAAGGCUAUGGUACUAUUCUCUCUCUUCCAGUGUGUGUUGGCCGGAGCUGUUAUAGUGUGACCUACAGAGACAAAAGUGUCUGUGCUUUGGAAGGGUCUUCAGUGGAGUUUGCUGGAAAUUACUCACAUCCCAGUGAUCUGAGUGUUAGAGAAGUAUUCUGGCAUUAUUUUCAGCCUGGUAAAGUCUUCCAGGACCUGAAGCAGGAAACACAGUUUACUAAUCGAGUUGAAUAUGUGAACCAAGACAAAAGCAGCACUUUCAAAAUGAAAAACCUGACAAAGAAAGACUCUGGAGAAUAUUGCCUUAGAUUCCUUAUCGAUGGUGAAGGAUUCUCUGGUAGACCUGGAGUGAUUCUGAGUGUUACAGAUCUGCAGGUAAGAGCGAGUCGCUCUGCAGUGGCAUCAGAAGGACAGACUACAGUAACGCUGGGCUGCAUCACCUCCUGCACUCUGUCUAACAACCCCACUUACAUGUGGUACAGGAACGGACAGCCUGUUACUGACAAACUCACCAAACACAACAAGCUCUACCUGAACUCCAGUGAAGAUGCAGGAAACUACUCCUGUGCUGUGAGAGGACGUGAGGAUCUCCGCUCUCCUGAACUAACUGUGACAUGUGUUGGCAGGAGCUGUUGGAGUGUGACCUACAGAGACAAAAGAGUCUGUGCUGUGGAAGGGUCUUCAGUGGAGUUUGCUGGAAAUUACUCACAUCACAGUGAUCUGAGUGUUAGAAAAGUAUUCUGGCAUUAUAUUCAGAGUGGUAAAGACUCCAAGAACCUGAAGCAGGAAACACAGUUUACUAAUCGAGUUGAAUAUGUGAAACAAGACAAAAGCAGCACUUUGAAAAUGAAAAACCUGACAAAGAAAGACUCUGGAGAAUAUCAACUUAAAUUCUUUACUAAUUAUGGAAACAGAUUCUCUGCUGAACCUGGAGUGAUUCUGAUUGUUACAGAUCUGCAGGUAAGAGCGAGUUGCUCUGCAGUGGCAUCAGAAGGACAGACUACAGUAACGCUGAGCUGCAUCACCUCCUGCACUCUGUCUAACAACCCCACUUACAUGUGGUACAAGAACGGACAGCCUGUUACUGACAAACUCACCAAACACAUCAAGCUCUACCUGAACUCCAGUGAAGAUGCAGGAAACUACUCCUGUGCUGUGAGAGGACGUGAGGAUCUCCGCUCUCCUGAACUAACUGUGACAUGUGAGCCACAAAACUCAGGUAGGUCGGGUUCAGUCUCAGCACUGCCUGAGAGCAGCUGUCAGUCCUCAACUGCUCAGCUUUAUGCUUGGAUUGGAUUUUGAACACCACAUGCCUUUUUGUGCUGCUCUACUCACAUUAGCACAAUAUGUUAAUAACAGCGGUGCAGAAAUGUGAUCAAACUGGCCUGCAUUCAAUCCAAAUAGCAAAACAGCGUCAUUAACUGGCAAAUUAUGCUUAGCACUGGCACACAAAAUAGAGCCUCAUCAUGCUCAUGAUUUAUUUCUGAAGGGUCAGUGAAUUACACAGUGUUAAAGGUCAUCAUGGUGGGCCUGGCUGUCUUCCUGGCAGUAACACUCCUCUCAGGAGCUUUGUGGAUGUGGAAGAGGAAGUCGAGCUCAGCUAAUGGCCACAGCAGCACUGGUGAGAGUGGACAGCGUCACUCUCCUGCUGUUUAUGAAAAUGUUUCAGCCUCAGACCGCAGUGGAAGAGUCGCCUCAGAUGAUCAGGAUGACGUUCACUAUGCCAGUGUUGUCUUUAAAAACUCCCACACACAGGAAGUGUCUCCGUCACCCAGACGUCGUCCAGACACCACAGAGUAUGAGGAUGUUCAGUACGCUGCUGUGAACGUUAGCAGGAGCACUGCUGCCAUCCAGCUUGUAGCAGACGAAGCAGCUGAUGAUCCGUCUCAGCUCUACAGCAAGAUCCAGAAACUCCCCACUUCAGCAGUGUAGCCCAUCAUUAGUCCUGUGGCCUGGGAUCUAAAAGCUAAAGAGUUAGCACUUCAGGUUCCUGGAAAAAAGCUGAGAGAGAUGUGAUAGUUCUGUCCUGUAUCUCUGUUUUAACCCUCAACACUGCUUCCAAAUCUAACAGGAGAAGAGGGACGGCUUCAACGUUUUAUUAGAGUAGAGCUAGCAGUAUUAUUGCUUCAUCGUGUAUUGUAGAGCUCUUAUAAUAUUGUAUACUCUUUGACCUUAAACAUAUAUGUGUGUGUACAGUGGAUAUAAAAAGUCUAGGGUUAAAAUGGCAGGUUUUGUCUGUGUUCACACUGAACUAAUCACAUCUCAUGUUCAAUAGUAAUUAUCAUAAAGCUGCCAUCAAUGAAAUUAUUCUGAUUAACCCCAAUUAAAAACCAGCUGUUUCAUUUUUUUUACCUAUGAACAUGUUUAGUUUUUUCAUCAUUCAGUUUUUUGUUGGUCAUUUACAUGACUAAUGCUGCGUAGUUUGCUGAUGAUUUAUUCAGAAAUAAAAUGUUCUGUAAAUAACCAGUUUUUAUCCUUAGCUACAAUUUGACUUGCUGAAUAAUAAACUAUGCUAGCUAGUGGAAUUGAUGCUAGUGUAAACUGGUAUUAGCAAAGAAAACCCGCUAACUUAGUUACACAUAUCUAGCUUCAUGUUGGCAAACCAGUGAAACUUACCUCAUCAUGCUUUUUCAAAUUACAUGGAGUUCCUGCUUUCUAGAGAGGCAAAAGAGACGCUUUUAAAUGGUACAGAAUGUCUAUGUAAGGAAGAUUUUAUUAUCAAAAAGAAUAAAAAAAAUAUCUUUUUAAAAGUUGACUCCAGACUGGAAGCUUCACAGAGUGAUCAGUUCAACAUGUUUGUCUAAAACAGUGGCCCUCAAAGUGGGGUCCGGGGAUUCUCAGGGGUCUGUGAAGUAUAAUCAAGGGUCAGAUUUUAUUUAUUUAUUUAUUUACCUUUUAAAAUCACAAGCAAACAAAAGAAAAAUGAGGCCGUUAUAUUUAUUCUUAAGUUCCUGUUGCUUUUAUCCUCAUUAACUGGUCACUUGAAUUGAAUGUAUUUAAUCCAACCCUCAAUCCAACCCCAACUGAUAGAUCUGUAAAUAAUGUCAGAUCGAAUCUAAUGACAACUUUAAUAAAAAUCUGUUCUGUUCCUUAAC